AUGUCAGUAAUAAGGAUAGAGAGCCUAUAUAAUUAAGUAACAAAUAUAAUCCUAAUGAUAUUGCCUUACCUUAAACAGCUGUACCCAAGUAAGUAAGAAGUAAGAUAAAUAAGAAAACCAUGCUAUUUACCAUUGGUCAAUAAUGAUGAUAGUGAUAAAGAUACAAAUUAGAAAAUUACCAAUUUAUUUUAGGAUCAAAAGGAAAAAAAAGAUCAAAAUUAAUAAAAUAUUAAUCUUUAUAAUUCUAAUCUUUUACCAAAUAAGAAAGACCCAAAAAAAAAAAAAAAUGAAGAAAAAAAAGAGAAAAAGGAAAGAAAAGAAAAAAAAGAAAAGGAAAUAAACAAUAAGGAGGUUUACUAAGAUUAAGGAAACCUUAUAAAAUGCAAAUAGAAAGUAAAGUAGAGAAUAAGAGAAACCAGAGAAAAAAAGAGAGAAGAGAAAUAGUAAAAGCAAUCAAGAGAGAAAGGUGAAAAGAUUAUUACUAAAUCUCUUUUUCCUGAAAUGAAACUUAUCCAAUCAGAAACCAAAAAAGAGUUAAUAGAAGUCAAAAAAGAAUUAUUUAAAUAUUGUAGAAUGCAAACCCAAUUUAUAUUUAGAUUACGAUCCUCAAUAUGA